GAUGCAGGACCUGGGUAUAUACGCGCCGGGGCUGCGUAUCUGCGUUGGACUCCACGCCCUGACCGUCCUGUCCUGCCGUGUUGGCUGGCGACUCUCUGGUAAAGACAACGGCGCGAUCCCGCAGCUCCUUUCGGCUGCGCCCCCUUGCGCUAUCCCUCGGCCCUCGACGGUGUAUUCGGCAUCAUGGCCGGCUGAAGGUCGUGUCGUCUUCUAUCGUCAUCGUCGUCCUUUACGGUCUCAGCCGGCAUCGCCCACCUAUUCGAGUAGUUCUCCCACCUCAUCCUCGGUAGUGUUGCCUCCACCUUCGGACGGCAAGACAGCAUCGUUGUCGAUCGUUGCGAGUUCAAGAAGGCAGAGGCGAGGGCGAGGUUGCAGGGUUACGGUAGACAUGCAUCCCACACCCUGCCCACCUGGAUUUUAUACACACCUACUUCGCUUCCGCACGUUUACUCUAUUACGUGCUUCCAUGGAACUUGGGUUGUUCGGGCGGAGAUUGAGUGGUCGUGCGCUCAGCGAACUCGGGAUCGUGGAGAAGGCUGCGAGAGCGAACGAGCGAGGUGGGAUAGCCGGUGUACUCUGGAGUCUGGAGGCGGAGCUGGGAGCCCUUCCCAUCUCCAUCGGACUGCCACGCACGAAGGACCUUUACCAUUGGUACCCUCUCAUUGACACCGAUCGUCUCUUCUUUUUCUUUUCACCCUUAUCGUUUCACGUAUUUCCUUUCCUUCCAAUUCAUAUCCACAUACACGUUUCCACGUUUCGUUCUGUGUUCGGCGCAAUUAGCAUAGCAUACAUCCAUCAUCUCGUCGUUUUUCAUCCUUCAAACUUCAUUCUCUCCCGUCCUCAUUCAAUCGCCCCAUCCCCGCCCCCCCCCCACUUGAUCCUCGUGGUUUUCUGUUGUUUGUAUCUCUCUCCAAUCCCCAUCCCUAUUCCAGUGCUCCUUUCAGCUGUACGUUAUUA